UCUCUAACGAUCGUUUGAAUAUCUCAUCUCUCAAUACCACUUUCCCCUCUCUCUCUGUCUCUCUCUCUCUCGCCCUCGCUCGCUCGCUGUCGCUGUUUUCUGCAAUGGAGAGCUUCGUACUCUGCUCUCCGUCCCCCACCACCCGUGCCGCCGCCUUGUUUCCCUCCGCUCGUACGGCCAUCCGCCUCCGAACCCACCACCAUCUCUCCAACUCCCCUAAUCCCACUCCCCAAAUCUCCGCCAUCCGUCUCUCCUCUCGCCUCUCAAUCCUCAACCCCAACAAACGCCGCCACCUCUUCAAUCCCCUCCCGAAACCCACCAAAACCCACAAACUUAUUCGGGCCUCGGCCUCGCCACCCACCAAUGAUCCGCCCACCAUCGGCGUCCCAAAACCCCCCCAAGGCGCCAAGAUCGUGCCGCUUUUAAUAUCCGUUUCAGUGGGCCUAAUUGUCCGAUUCCUGGUUCCCAAACCGCUCCAAGUGUCGGCCCAGGCCUGGCAAUUGCUCGCAAUCUUUCUCUCGACGAUUGCGGGGCUCGUGUUGAGUCCAUUGCCGGUCGGUGCGUGGGCGUUUCUGGGGCUCACGACCGCGGUCGUUUCCAAGACGCUGUCGUUUGCAACCGCGUUCAGCGCGUUCACGAACGAAGUGAUUUGGUUGAUUGUGAUUUCGUUCUUCUUCGCUCGUGGGUUCGUGAAGACGGGAUUGGGGGAUAGGAUUGCGACCUACUUUGUGAAGUGGUGGGGGAAGAGCACAUUGGGGCUGUCUUAUGGAUUGACUUUCAGUGAGGCCCUUAUUGCUCCGGCAAUGCCGAGCACGACGGCGAGAGCCGGUGGUGUGUUUUUGCCGAUCAUCAGGUCAUUGUCGCUCUCCGCCGGUAGUAAGCCGGGCGAUCCUUCAGCGAAAAAGCUUGGCUCUUACUUGGUUCAGUCUCAGUUUCAGUCUGCUGGUAACUCUAGUGCUCUUUUCCUAACUGCUGCAGCUCAAAACCUUCUGUGCCUAAAAUUAGCCGAGGAACUUGGGGUGAUAAUUUCAAGCCCAUGGGUUUCUUGGUUCAAGGCUGCUAGUUUGCCUGCAAUAGUCUCUCUGAUAGCUACUCCUCUUGUGUUGUACAAACUCUAUCCUCCUGAAACCAAAGACACACCAGAUGCCCCUGCCAUGGCUACAAAAAAGCUGGAGCUUAUGGGUCCUGUCACACAAAAUGAAUGGGUGAUGGUUGGUACAAUGCUUCUUGCAGUUUCCUUAUGGAUCUUUGGAGAUGCUAUUGGUAUAGCAAGUGUCGUUGCUGCCAUGCUUGGUCUAUCAAUACUCUUAUUGUUGGGAGUACUGGAUUGGGAUGACUGCUUGAGUGAAAAAUCAGCAUGGGAUACCUUGGCUUGGUUUGCAGUUCUAGUCGGGAUGGCAGGCCAAUUGACAAACCUUGGCAUUGUAACUUGGAUGUCUGACUGUGUGGCCAAAUCCCUCCAGUCUUUCUCUUUGAGCUGGCCUGCUGCAUUCAUCGUCCUACAGGCUGCUUACUUCCUCAUCCACUACUUGUUUGCAAGUCAAACAGGUCAUGUGGGAGCACUAUACUCUGCUUUCCUUGCUAUGCACUUGGCAUCUGGGGUACCCGGCGUGUUGGCAGCAUUGGCUCUAGCUUACAAUACAAACUUAUUUGGUGCUCUUACACACUACAGCAGUGGUCAGGCUGCUGUAUACUAUGGAGCUGGUUAUGUAGACCUUCCCGACGUGUUCAGAAUGGGCUUCCUAAUGGCCAUUAUAAAUGCAAUAAUCUGGGGAGUUACCGGUACAUUCUGGUGGAAGUUCUUGGGCCUAUACUGAUUUUCCUUUCACGUAAGUAGCUGUUGUAUGACAAUGACAUGACGCCCUCCUGGUCGAGCCAAGUAUAUUUAGCUCCAUAGAGAAUUAUCAAUUUUUGGUCUUAACCCAACAGUGAACAGUCAGCUUUUGUUCUGCAUUUGUCUCUUAAUGCUAUCACAUUGAACCAUGAAAAAUACAUUAAAUUUUACCCAAAUAAUAUAAUAUAUUUUUAUUGAUUGA